AUGAGCGCCGAAGAAGAGCAAUUCGAGGACAGCACCAUGGGUGGCCCCGGAGCCCCCACUCCCGUGUCUGCGCUUGAGGGAGUCAACGGAUUGACUGCACGCGACAUCAAGUUAAUUGUCGAGGGCGGCUUCAACACCGUAGAGUCUAUUGCGUAUACACCACGGCGAGCGCUCGAACAAAUAAAGGGCAUCUCGGAACAAAAGGCUUCAAAGUUGCUUGCAGAGGCAUCCAAACUCGUCCCUAUGGGCUUCACCACGGCUACCGAGAUGCACUCCCGCCGCAGCGAAUUGAUCUCCAUCACGACCGGCUCAAAACAACUGGACACACUUCUGGCAGGAGGUAUCGAAACAGGCUCCAUAACGGAGAUAUUCGGAGAGUUUCGAACGGGAAAGAGCCAGAUCUGCCAUACCCUAGCCGUUACCUGCCAGCUGCCGUUCGACAUGGGAGGUGGUGAGGGCAAAUGCUUGUACAUCGACACAGAGGGUACCUUCCGUCCAGUCCGAUGCUUGGCCGUCGCAAAUCGAUUCGGACUCUCAGGCGAAGAAGUUCUGGACAAUGUCGCUUAUGCGCGCGCAUACAACUCGGAUCAUCAGUUGGAGCUGCUCAACCAGGCCGCACAGAUGAUGACGGAAACACGAUUCUCGCUGCUCGUUGUCGAUUCCGCUACCGCGCUAUACCGUACAGAUUUCGCUGGACGUGGAGAGCUUUCUGCCAGGCAAACGCAUUUGGCCAAGUUUAUGCGCACGCUACAACGGCUCGCGGACGAGUUUGGCAUCGCCGUUGUAAUUACGAACCAAGUCGUCGCGCAAGUGGACGGUGGACCAAGUGCCAUGUUCAACCCAGAUCCCAAGAAGCCUAUUGGAGGUAACAUUAUUGCGCACGCAAGUACGACUCGUCUCAGUCUGAGAAAGGGCAGGGGAGAGACGCGUGUGUGCAAGAUCUACGACAGUCCGUGUCUGCCAGAGAGCGAUUGCUUGUUUGCAAUCAAUGAAGACGGUAUUGGUGACCCCAAAGAGAAGGACCUGGAGGAGAGGAACAACAGGUGA